AUGCGGUCUACUCUCUCAGCUCACUUGAUCUCCCUACGGCGAAUCGAGGAUCGAGAAUCAUUGAAUAUAUCGCUUCUGCACCAACUGCUCGAGAUAUGCGCCCACGACGCGUCACUUGACGCGUUAAGCAAGGGCAAGCGGCGGGCGACUUCUCCAUCUUCCCAGCCAGCAAAACGCCAAAAGACGUCAGAAACCCAGCAUCAGCAGCUCCUUACACACUAUCCUUCUGUCAAUAUUCUCUGUACUGCAAGUCCCACUGCCGAUGACAUUCCUGCCUUCACCCACUCGUUCAACAUGAAUAUGUCCUCAGUUGUUCCCCGUGACUAUGAUCCCGAGGAAUGGGCCAACGAAGAUAGUCAUCCAAGCUGGAUCAUGGAAGAAUUAAAUCUUAUCGAAACUCUGAAAUCGCUCCCUCGCGAGAAGAGCCUCGAUUUAGGAGCUCUAUCUUUUGCAAUUUACCGUGGGCAAGUUGUUGUUGUACCCGAACUCGUCUUCCAACGCGGCGACGCUGCCCAGUGCCUCCUUGCGCUCCCUCCCAUUCAAGACGAGCUCGAGCUUGAGUCUUUUGGUGUCUCAAAAUCUGAUGUGGACGAUGUGGUUGCGGCGUCGUUGAAACUCGGGGCUUGUGCUCGGGCGUCCAUUAUUGGUCGGCUAGCUCUUGUUCUUGACCAAGCCGAUGGCCAUCUGUUUACUCUUCGAGUUGGUAUCACGACGUCUUUCACCCCUUCUAUCUUCGAACAACUUCCAUUGAAAAAAACGCGCCAGUCCCAAGUAAUCGAUGAUUCUCAGCGCAGAGUUCUCCAGUAUUCUUUUCCGGACCCACGUCUCAACCUUUCCUCUGACGUUGCGAGCGAUAUUCCUUUUUUUUAUUCAGCACUCGGUCCCGCCCCAAUAUCACCUUCCUGUUCAGACCUCCGACCAAAAGAUUUGCAGACUACUCUACUUCCAUUCCAGCAGCGGACUGUUGCUUGGCUACUGGAGCGGGAAGGUGUCGGCGAGCAGCGACAUGACUUCUCUUUCUGGGAGGAGGUUCAAGGAUCACACAUCUUCUAUGUCAAUAGAUUAACGGGAAAUUUUUCGGUAAACAGGCCUGAGUUGAAAAAGCCGGCUGGAGCUAUUUUAGCAGAGGAACCCGGGCUGGGUAAAACGGUUGAAAUCAUUGCAUUGCUACUUUUGAAUCCGGCCCCCUUGGCAAUGGAGCCGAACAAUACCUACUGGGAUGCAAAAAAUAGCUUGGAGGUCGCAAUGGUGAAGGGGAGUUUAAUUGUCACGCCUGCCUCGCUUAGCGCUCAGUGGAUUUCGGAGCUACAACUACAUGCUCCGACACUCGAAGUUCUGUUAUAUGAAGGCUGGAACAAGCUGAAAAUGACACGCAAGGCCGAGACAACAAAGGUCAAGGCAUCGACAAACGAAAACAACCAGAAUCAGGCCGAAGAUUGGGUUCAGUAUUGCCACCACUAUGAUGUUGUACGUAAUGGUCGCCUCAACGCCGCAAGUCGCCUGCUGAGUUUAAACAAGGUCAUCGUCACUUACACAACCCUGAGAUCUGAGCUCAAUGUCGCCCAUGCACCACCGAAGCGACCAAGAAGAGAAGAUGUGGUCUAUUCCAAUCUUGAACGCGAGCGGAGUCCCCUCAUCCGCGUUGAAUGGCAACGAGUCGUUAUGGAUGAGGUUCAAAUGGUCGGCGGGGGAAAUAUCGAAGACAUGGUUGCCAUGAUUCCACGACGGUCAUCAUUUGCGGUUUCCGGAACACCAGUUCGCGCUCAGCUUACCGAUCUCAGCCACGUACUCCAGUUCUUGCGUGUAGAUUCCACGCUGACAUCACCCCGCUUCUGGGCACGCCUCCUGUUACCCACAUAUUCACAUUAUUUCAGUUCAUUCUUCUCGAGUUUAGCCAUCAGGACAACGAAAGCUAGUAUUAAAGACGAGUUAAGGAUUCCUCCACAGACCAGAUUUGUGGUCCCCAUCACAAUGGGGGUGGUUGAACGCACUGUGUACGAUGCCGACUUCGAUAGAGUUCUCCUUCAACUGGGUUUGGAUCACCGUGGAGUCGAUCUUGACGGUAAUCGACGCGAACCUGACAUCGGCCAACUACGGGCAAUGGUUCGAAGGCUUCGAGCUAUCUGCACACAUCCACAAGUGGGUCAGCUGGGUAACAGCCUUUUCAAAAACGGCGGUUCUCUCAAGACCAUGGAUCAAGUCCUUGAGCUGAUGCGUUGGGAUACAUGGGGUGCCGUCAUCGACGAUUGCAAGAGCAAGAUCCAAUCUCUAAUUCGAACGGCCCAGUUGCAACAACAAGGAGUCGGAGACAACUGUUAUCAAGUCUCUCUGGAAACACUCAUUCUCGCAGAGAACGAGUCAACACAGUUGUUACAAGAAAUUGAUUCUUCGAUUGCAGUCCACGAAGCCAUCCUUCUUGACUCAGAUUAUUCUAACAAAGGCAAAGGUAAAGCGCGAGAGUCAUCGGUUUCUGCGACUCGUUCGACCGACACUAAGGAGGACGAGAUCGGUUUGCAAACAAAUUUCCAGGAUCAUCGCUCACGGAAGACGGCCCUAAAGAAUCGACGAAGAGAGGCACAACUUAUCAUGCACCGCGUCAAAUUCUUGCAAGGAGACGUGUACCAUAUGUUGGGUGAAGGGCAUGGGGUCUCAGAAAAUGCGGCAUACGAAGCAGCAGAGUCUCUUCGCCAAGUGUUGCUUUCUGCCGUCGAGCAAGACGCUAACCAAGCAAUGAAGGCUCUUGGUCAUUUGAAUAUCGAUGAAUUGUUGAUCCGCAAUCCGUUCUUGGAUCCUGAUCUUCAAGACGAGGCCGUGCAUGAGGCCAAUGCCAUCAUCAAUGAUGUUAUCAAUCAACAGUCGACGCUUUUGUGGCAAUGGAGAACACGUCUAACAGAGCUUCUCCUUCGAAAAUUGUCCCACGGAGAAGAAGAAGCGGACGGCCAGGAGUACCAACGGACCCUCGACGAUCAAGGAGAAGCCGAGCAUGUCAUUUGGUUUAUCAUGUCUACCAUAUUGACCACUUCCAGAUCCUAUCUAGUGAACUACACCGCAUUGGUCGCUGACAGGCGCGAAGCUCUUCUCAAGGAGCGGACUUUACUAGCAACGCAUGAUGCCACCGACAAAGUCAAGAUCCGUCGCACAAAGGCUGCUCAGAAAGCUGCAAUGGCAUUGGACGACUCCAUUCUCCUCAAGAGUGACAUUGAAUUGCAACCCGAGCACGAGGUUCUCUUCAAACAACUUUCACUCCAGCGCCAAGGAUUAUUGUCUACCUUGGAUGGCCGAGCACUGAAGAGUGUCAUUGUCGACCUUGCGCAGCGCAUUCACAAGCUAGACAAAGAAAAGAUCGAGACAAAAGAAGCUCUAGAAGACUUGCGCAGGCUCAUCUCCCAACAAGCUCCCAUUCUCGAAAAACUCGAAGCUGACCUUGCCACCUGUCGCAAAGUAUUCAAUGCAAGAAUCAGCUACUUCCGCCAACUCCAGGACAUCUCUGAUGCCGUUGCUGAUGUUACGUUCGAAACAACUUUGCAAGCAGCACUGGAGGAAUGUGCGAUAGAACAAAGGCAUCUCUCUGCAAAUAUCAGUGCUCAUCGAGCGCGUAGGCGAUACCUGGACCAUCUAGUUAAACAAAACACCAACGGUCGAGACGAUGAAGAGAACGCAUGUAUACUCUGUAGGUCUACUUUCAUGCGAGGCUUCAUGACAGAAUGCGCCCACGUUUUCUGUGAAGACUGUCUUAAACUAUGGAUCAAGGACAAAGCACGCAACACGUGCCCUGUUUGUCGCAUUCCUAUCAAGUCAGACAAACUGGAGCGUUUUAUAGUCGCAGAAGAUGAGCUGCAAACAGCGCCGAUAAGCAAAGAGGAGAAGAUGGAAGCUCCACGGUCUCGGAGACAAAUCAGCUAUAAUGAGAUUGAUCAAGCAACACUCCAAGAAAUUCAAGGGAGUACUCCUGCGUUCGGAGACUAUGGCGCCAAGAUCGCCACCCUCGUCCAACAUUUGUUGUACCUCCGAAAUAUCGACCCCGGCACAAAGAGCAUUGUCUUCUCUGCAUGGGCCGAUAGUCUAUAUAUUGCUGAACGUGCACUCAAGGCGAACGGCAUUUCUUUCAUCCGCAUCGACCAAAACCGAAAGGGACAAGCAGCUAUAACUACCUUCGCAACUUCGUCAGAUAUCGAAGUGCUAUUACUUCAUGGGGAACGAGAAAACGCUGGUCUGAAUGUGACCUGCGCAUCCCGCGUUUUUCUUCUCGAGCCUGUGGUGCAUCACGGGUUUGAGGUUCAAGCCAUUGCUCGCAUUGACCGCAUUAGCCAGAGUCGACCGACAGAAGUAUACUGCUAUUAUGCGCAAGACACGAUCGAGAAGAACAUCCUAGACUUAGCGGCACGGCGGGGUCUCUCGCUGUAUACCACAGAUAACUCGGUGGAUGUCUCAUCACUGACAGAAGACAACGGCAAGGAAAGCGCCACAGUCAACAAGGUUCAAAAGGGUGGCGACUUGAUUUUCAAGGUCGAAGACAUGAUGGCCAUUUUAUUUCCUCAUCUCUUUGAGGACUUUGAAUAUAUGGUACCAGCGGAGGCAAUGGAGGAAAUGCAUCUCAACGCGGUGGCUGGUCCAUCGAGAACUGUCCAGUAA